AAAGCCUCUUUUUAAAUACAAACACAUAAAAGUCCAGCUUUACAAUGUAAUGCUUACUAUAAUUAUAAAAGUCAGGCCAUUCUAUGAUAUUUCAAAUGUCUGCUUGCAUACAACUUAAACCAAAAUACUGAUGAAAGGAGAUAGAGCAACAUAUCUUAUUUCCAGUCUUAUUUCUUGCUUUGGUUUCAUGGUUGUUUUAUGUUUAUAGAGGAAUAUUGAAAGAGGGAUACUUAACUUCAAGUUUGGGGAUCCUUCUGCUAAAAUGAACUGGGUGCAUGUAGAGAACCUUGUACAAGCUCAAAUUCUGGCUGCUGAAGCUCUCACUCCUGAGAAGAACUACAUAGCUAGUGGUCAGGUGUAUUUCAUUCAUGAUGGUGAAAAAUUCAACCUUUUUGAAUGGUUAGCUCCACUCUUUGAAAGAUUAGGUUGCAGUAAGCCAUGGAUACCUAUUCCUACUUCCUUAGUUUAUGCAUCAGCCACAGUCAUGGAGCAUCUUCAUCUGAUACUGAAACCAUUGGUUGAGCUGUCACCUCUGCUGACCAGAAAUGAGGUACAGGUGCAGAACAUCUCCACAACGCACACCUUCAGCAUCGACAAGGCCCGCAGGCAGCUGGGCUACAGCCCGGAGAAGUUUGCAUUCGCGGAUUCUGUGGAGCAUUACAUCAAAACCAGAGCAGAGGCCCGGAGCAAGCACGUUUUCCCCAAAGUGAUGCUUUUGUUCCUUGCGAUUUUAAGUUUGAUUUUUCUUUCUUUAAGAUUUGAUGACCUUUCAGUUUUGCACUUUUUUAAGGAAACACAGCACUGACUCACACAGACUGCAUGUGCUCCCUGCAGAGUUGCUCCCAUGGAACAUCCCCAGCUCCGCAACAGGCAGGCACUUAUUUUAGAUUAAAAACAGAACAAACCUGAACACCACCAACACUGUAAACAAUUACAGCCAAAGUCCAUCACCAAGACCCGUUUAAGUCGCACAUCUUUCCAAACUGACUGCGGGAGUGCACGAGGAGCUGCAAAAGGAACACAGGGCGCAGCCCGCAGUGCUUCACCGAUGGAGAAAAGCGGCGGAAAGCAGGUGGAGUCAGUGCAGCAGCGGGGAGCUGAGGAAGCAAGCAGAGCGCUCCCGGCUUGAAUCACACCUGUGGGCUGCACGGAGUUCACACGGUGUGAAUUUCCUUUGCGAAUUGGCUGUGUCAUUGCAUAUGAGGGAAAAUAAAAAGGAACGUGAAGCUCCGUGAACCCGGUGCGGUGCUUCCUUGC